AUGGACGCGCCAUCAUUAAAAAACCUCACGGAUUUCAAGUAUAGCGUACCCGCAAAGGAGCAGAGCUUUAUUCUGCAACAACUGGGGGCACCCCACGUUUCCAGCUUUAAUUAUAUGGUAAAUAAGGGUUUGAACGAUGCAGUUUCCAGUCUACACCCUGUCGAAUUCACUCUACCGUCCGGGGAAAGACUUUCCCUACGGAUUGAGGAUGUAUCCCUAAACUACCCCGCAGUGCCUUUGGGAGUUGUUGGCGUGAGAACUCAGCAGAUUUUUCCGACAGAAUGUAGACAACGUAACGCUACUUACUGUGGGAAGUUGAACGGUAAAGUCAGUUGGUCGAUUAAUAACGGGCCACGUAGUUACAUAGAUCAAGACUUUGGUAACAUACCGAUUAUGAUUAAGUCGAAUCGAUGUAACUUGAAUGAGAUGACGCCCAAACAGUUGGUGACGCACAAAGAGCACGAACAGGAAUGGGGCGGUUACUUCAUCAUCAGAGGGCACGAGAAAUUAAUCCGCAUGCUGCUUAUGACGAGGCGUAAUUAUCCUAUCGCGAUUAAACGAGGUGGUUGGAAAGGAAGGGGCGAUCUUUUUUCGGAUGUUGGCAUACAAAUCCGUUGCGUGAAUGACAGUCAAACUUGCGUGCCCAACACUUUACACUUUGUUACCGAUGGGACAGUUAAGUUUAUGUUCGCCCACUUAAAAUUGGUAUAUUACGUUCCGGUUAUGAUGAUAUUGAAGGCGACGUGCGACUAUACUGACCAAUACAUUUAUAAGAGACUAACGGAGGGGUUCGAAGACGAUUCUUACUACAGCGAUUGUAUUCAGAAUAUGAUGAGAAAUUUACAUGCGGAAGGUUUACAUUCGCACGCGGAUUGCAAGGGCUACCUAGGCAAAAUGUUUCGUGUCAAAUUUACGGAAUGUGCCGAAUGGUUUACGGAUGUCGAAAUUACUGAUUACGUUUUAAAGAGUUGUGUGCUGAUCCAUUUGAAUAGUCCCGAAGAUAAAUUCAACUUGCUCGUGUUUAUGAUACAAAAACUGUUCGUCUACGCUCAGGAUAAUUGCAAAACUGAAGGAGCUGAUGCGGUUAUGAUGCAAGAGCUACUUCUCGGAGGUCAUUUGUACCUGCAGGUUUUAAAGGAGAGAUUGCAAAUGUGGCUGAUUUACCUGCGUGCGAGUAUAUUGAAAAAUGCGAAAAGCGGUGCAGGAUUUGCUUGCGGAGAAAAGGAUAUGGCACGAGCCUUGAAAUAUACGGGUGGCGUUGAGACUGUUAUGCAAAAAUUCUUAGCGACUGGUAACAUCAACAGCCCAUCCGGUUUGGGGCUAAUGCAGGACUCGGGAUUGGCGAUUAUUGCAGAAAACAUCAAUCGGAUGCGUUACAUGUCGCAUUUUCGUGCCGUACACAGGGGUGCCUUCUUUCAAGAGAUGCGCACGACGGAAGCGCGUCAGUUAUUGCCGGACGCGUGGGGUUUCAUUUGUCCUGUGCAUACACCUGACGGUGCACCUUGCGGCUUGCUCAACCACCUUACUAUGAAUUGUAUUGUGACAACUAACCCGGAUGAGGAGAUUGUCGCCACAAUACCUGCAACCUUAACAGAAUUAGGCAUGGUACCCUUCAAAGGCAGCCACGCCGGGCUGUGCAUUAAAGAAUGUUACGUUACCCAAUUGGACGGACGAGUGAUCGGAUACGUACAUCGUAGCAUUGCGGAUAAAUUGGUGACCAAGCUCAGAUGUCUGAAAAUUAAAGGGGAGGAGGUUCCCAACACGUUAGAGAUUGUAUUGGUGCCAAUGAAAGAUACACCCGGCCAGUAUCCGGGAUUAUUCCUAUUCAGUGGGCCGGCACGCAUGAUGAGGCCCGUUUAUAAUUUGGUCUUUAAGGAAAUUGAAUUUAUAGGAACGUUCGAGCAAGUUUAUCUCAAUGUCUGUGUAACUCCUAAAGAAAUGUAUAAAGGAGUAACCACUCAUAUGGAGGUCGAUAAAAAUUCAUUCCUGUCAAAUUUGGCGCUUCUAAUUCCGAUGCCAGACUGUAAUCAAUCACCACGCAAUAUGUACCAAUGCCAGAUGGGGAAGCAGACGAUGGGCACACCUUGUCUCAAUUGGGCAUCUCAAGGCAGUUCAAAACUGUAUCGCAUACAAACUCCAGGAUCCCCUCUAUUUCGUCCGGUCCACUAUGAUAAAGUGGGACUUGACGAAUUUCCUAUGGGAACAAAUGCCAUCGUUGCAGUUGUCAGUUAUACGGGUUACGACAUGGAGGACGCGAUGAUUAUUAACAAAUCCUCAUACGAACGUGGAUUUUGCCACGGUUCUGUUUAUAAAUCGGAAUUUAUCGAGUUGGACGAUCAAAAUUCGUACUUCUGUCGAGACCCCUCGGCGCCCGACCUGGCCGAAGCUUUAGAACCGGACGGAUUUCCUCACAUCGGUAAGCCGGUUUCGGCGGGAGAUCCGCUAUACUGCUACUACAGCGUGGACGAAUCUAAAUACAUUGUGAAACGUUUUAAGGAGAAGGAAACUUAUUACGUCAGCAGCGUGAGAAAGUGCUCGAGCUUUGUCGCCCGUGCGAAACCGGCGGUGCUCAUUACGUUCCGAAUAACGCGUAACCCGACGGUGGGCGAUAAAUUCGCUAGUCGUGCGGGCCAAAAGGGAAUCUGUUCACAAAAGUGGCCCUAUGAGGAUUUACCAUUUACGGAGACAGGUUUAGUGCCCGACAUCGUCUUUAAUCCCCACGGAUUUCCAUCUCGCAUGACGAUUGCUAUGAUGAUCGAGCUUAUGGCGGGUAAAUCGGCCGCGCUGCAUGGCUUGGUGCACGACGCCUCUCCCUUUAAAUUUGAUGAGGACAACACCGCCAUCGAUUAUUUUGGUCGGCUACUCGAAGCUGGUGGGUAUAAUUACUUUGGUACGGAAACCAUGUACUCUGGAAUUGAUGGACGAGAAAUGACGGUUCAAAUAUUUUUUGGUAUUGUUCAUUACCAACGUUUGCGACAUAUGGUAUCCGAUAAAUGGCAGGUCCGUUCGACUGGAGCUACCGAUAUUCUAACUAGGCAGCCUGUUGGAGGUCGUAAACGCGGAGGUGGAGUACGAUUUGGUGAAAUGGAGCGCGAUUCUUUAAUUAGCCACGGUACGUCGUUCUUACUGCAGGACAGGUUAUUGCAUUGCUCUGACAGAACUACGGCGCUGAUUUGUACGUCAUGUGGGACGUUAUUGGGGCCAAUGCAUAUGGUUACACAGGUGGCAGACAAACCGAAUAUGUCUGAAACGAAAGAAAUGUGUAGACUGUGCGGACAUGGUGAAAGCAUUACCGAAAUACAAAUUCCUUAUAUUUUCAAAUACUUUGUUACACAGUUAGCUAGCGUUAAUAUAAACAUUAAAAUCCACUGUACACAAACGUAACGAGCUUGUGAAGAGUAAUUACAAGAAAAAAUUAAUUAAUUGUAAUGUUACAUAAUUUAAUUAAAUUAGUCAGUGCGAACUGCACGUCAUGAGAUAAUAGGGUUACUCUCCUUAUUAUGUAAAUUUCGAAAAAGAAUAUCGAAUUACAGGAGAUGAACCCGAUCUGGAUUUGGCUAAUUUACCCUUCUCCAUAGAAAAACGAGUCGCUUCCUUUCGACAAAUUAUAAUAACAAAAUUGUAGAACGUCUCGCGUGCUAAAAAUGAAAGAACUUAUAGGCGUCGGCAUGGUUAUUGUGAAAUAGGCGAUAAGGCCAUACACCAUAUCGGACGCAACUAAAAACUACGCGGCAAAAUUAGCACCAAAAUUCUUGACCCAUUCACUAUAUCCAAGAAGAUAGGAUAAUUAACGUAUGAACUUACCAAUAAUGAAGGAAAAUCAAAUUCCAAGUUCCCGGAACUUGCCAUUUUAUUUU